UUUACAAUGUUUCUUUCACAGCUUGUGCAUCCGGGUGAAGAUCUGAAGAUUAUAUAUGUUACAGAGACAGAUGUGAGUGGUGAUGAGCAGAGUAUAGAGGACAUUCCUACAGGUAGCCACCCAGAUGACUGUACCACGAGAUCGGAUGGACAUGUGAUAUCUUCAGAUUUUAAAGCAUAUAGUCAUGGUGCCACACAAGACACAUAUGAAGAGCAUGCUAUUAUUCAAGAUGUACCCUUAGCCCUUCACAGCAAAUAUAUACCAUAUAAUCCUAUAGGACAUGAUCGAUCUUCCUUUGUACCACAGACUGUUAGACAAAAUAAACAUCACAGAGGAGGUAUUGAAGAUCAAAGAGCUCAAAUAGAUGAAAAGCCAUUUUCAUGUUCAGAAUGUGGGAAAUGUUUUGCAGAUAAAUCAUAUCUGAUUAUACAUCGGAGAAUUCACACAGGAGAGAAGCCAUUUUCAUGUUCAGAAUGCGGGAAAAGUUUUACUUGGAAAUCAACUCUUCUUGAACAUCAAAGAACUCACACAGGGGAGAAGCCAUAUUCAUGUUCAGAAUGUGGGAAAUGUUUUGCUUGGAAAUCAAAUCUUAUUGACCAUCAAAGAACUCACACAGGGAAGAAGCCAUACUCAUGUUCUCAAUGUGGGAAACGCUGUUGUCAGCAAUCAACUCUUGUUAAACAUCAGAUGAGUCACACAGGGGAGAAACCGUUUUCAUGUACAGAAUGUGGGAAAUGUUUUAACCAGAAAUCACAUCUUGUUAGACAUCAGAGAAUUCACACAGGAGAAAAGCCAUUUUCAUGUUCAGAAUGUGGGAAACACUACAGCGUGAAAUCAAAUUUGGUUACACAUCAGAAAAUUCACACAGGAGAGAAGCCAUUCUCGUGUUUAGAGUGUGGCAAAUGCUUUUCCCUCAAAGCAACUCUUGUUGAACAUCAAAGAAUUCACACAGGAGAGAAGCCAUUUUCAUGCAGAGAAUGUGGGAGAUGUUUUACUCGAAAAUCAAAUCUUAUUGAACAUCAUAAAAUUCACACAGGACGAAUGUAGGAAAUAUCUUACCAACAAUAUCUUAACCAUAUUCAUAGAAGGUUCUACAGUAAAGGGGUUGCCUAAGAAGUUGUUUUUAAUUGGCAGGGACAGUAUUAUAAUAAUGAAAAAAAAUUGUGGCUUACCAUCCUGAACCCCCUCCAUUCUGACACCACUGCUCCUCUUCACCUCGAUGGCCUUUGUUGUUCUUACUGCAGAGGCAAUGUGCCCAUUUAUCACACGUGACUGCUGCAUACAGUCCCUGAUUUGAGUGGGCUAGUGCUGUAAACUGCUGAGGCCAGUGAUUGGCUUCAGUGGUCUCAUGCAGAGUAUGGCCCAUCAUCUUUGCAGCAAAAACAUUGUCAAGGCAGGGAGGAUAGGAUCGGUUGCACUAUAAUGGGUUGGUUUAAGGCGGUAGGUUUAAUUGUUUUGUUUUUAAUUUUUAUAACACUGUCCCUGCCGAUUAAGUUUGUUUUGUUUCCAAUUGUUAAUAAAUGUUAGAUUUGUGAUUGUGUUGUGUCUCCUCUAGAUGUUAAAGGUAAAGUUUGGUAGAGGAGGGAUAAUGGACAAGACAGGAGAUGUG